AUGGCGAGCUUGGGUGGACAUUCAAAGAAGCACAAGGUGACCAUUGUGGGAUCAGGUAACUGGGGCUCAACAAUUGCCAAAAUCGUCGCUGAAAACACACGCGCCAACAAAGAUCUCUUCGAGGAAGAUGUCCAGAUGUGGGUCUACGAGGAGGACGUGACGAUUACCAAGGACUCCAAAUUAUAUGACGAAACCACCGGCGACAAGCCCCAGAAGCUCACAGAAGUCAUCAACAAGCACCAUGAGAACGUAAAGUACCUGCCCGGUAUUCCUCUGCCCUCAAACAUCAUCGCCAACCCCGACAUCCGCGACGCUGUCAAGGACUCCACCAUCCUCGUCUUCAACUUGCCCCAUCAGUUCAUCGCAAACGUCUGCAAGCAGGUCAAUGGUCACAUUCUUCCCUAUGCGAGGGGAAUCAGCUGUAUCAAGGGUGUCAAUGUCACUGAUGACGGUAUCAGCCUGUUCAGCGAGUGGAUUGGCGAUGGACUAGGCAUUUACUGUGGUGCCCUCAGUGGUGCCAACUUGGCUCGUGAAAUUGCUGAAGAGAAGUGGUCAGAGACUACUAUUGCUUACGAUCCUCCUGCUCUCGAUAACAGCAGAGCUCCUACACCACGAACCGGUAGCCCCAACCCUACAAUUGGCGAGCUCCCUGAGAUGCAGCACAAGGAUGUUCGAGGCCGAACUUCCAAGACCAAGCUCACCGCUAUGCCAGCCGAUUAUCCUCCUCUGGAUCAGGAUUGCUUCCGAACUCUCUUCCACCGACCUUACUUCCACGUCCAGAUGGUCUCCGAUGUCGCGGGUGUAUCUCUGAGCGGUGCCUUGAAGAACGUAGUUGCUCUCGCAGCUGGUUUCGUUGACGGUCGUGGUUGGGGUGAUAACGCAAAGGCAGCCAUCAUGCGCGUCGGUCUCAUGGAAAUGGUCAAGUUCGGCAAGGAAUUCUUCGGCGAGACCGUCCACACAGCUACCUUUACCGAAUCCUCCGCCGGUGUCGCCGAUCUCAUCACAUCCUGCUCCGGUGGUCGUAACUUCCGCUGUGCCAAGAAGGCGGUCGAGAAGGGAAUCUCCGUGCAAGAGGUUGAGAAGCAAGAUCUCAACGGACAGAAGAUCCAGGGUACCACCACCGCAGAGGAGGUGAACAGCUUCCUCAAGGCUCGCGGUCUAGAGUCGGAGUAUCCGCUGUUCACGGCGGUGAAUGCCAUUCUCAACGGACAGGCCAAGGUGGACGACAUCCCCCAUCUUGUGCAGGAUUCUUGA